UAAGGAUGACAUUCUCGACAUAUUAACUGAAACUAAUGUACGUACAUACUACGUGUAGAUUUCUUUACAUUAUUACAAAAAAAUAUAAAAUAGGUAGUACUGGUUUGUCGUUACUCCUCUGUAGCCGUAUAGUACUCUGACUAUUCUGUAGUCUUUAUCAUACCACCAUACCUAGUGUGUUUUGGUUUGUUAUACUCUACCCAGUAGUUACAUGAAGUCGGAAUUUGUUUACUCCAUCACGUAAAUCUAUAAAGUCCUUAAAUGCAUCUCAUUGGGAGCUUGUACGGUUGUGGUAUGUCCGCACGUACGGUAAGUCAACCCUUAUCAACAAAGGGUUGACGUGUUGAUGCCACAAAGAAAUGUCAUUUUGUAAUUUUCACAGAAAAGUGAUUGGGUUUUGGUUUUUUCACAGCUUGAAUUAUUAUCGAUAUAAAUUGUAAAAAAGAACCAGAUUAUUUUUGUAAUGAUUUACACAGAUUUGUUUAAAGACGAACAGACUGUCGAAAUGUUUACCUAUGGCACUGUAAAUAAUAUUGCUAAUAAAUGCAUUCAGAUUGGGCCCAUUUGGAAAGGUUUAAAGAGUAAGGAACCUGUGGAAAAGAUAGCUCAAGGUGUUCAAAAAAACGAGGAUGUUACAAGUUCCAUAAUUGGUGACUUCGGAAGAUGGCAACUGAAAAUCAGUAUAUUAAUGGCGCUUUUAAAAUUACCUAUAGCUUGGUAUCAACUAAACAUAAUCUUUAUGGCGCCACCCCAACGUUUCUGGUGCUCCAAACCAUUGCCUUUUUCUAAAUAUAGUGAUGAAGAGUGGAGAAGACUGAGUGUACCACACGUAGAAGAACACCCUUGUUUGAUAUUUGAUCCAGAUUUAUUAGCAAUUGAUCCAUUUAUGGAUAAGACACUCAUACCUCUAGUACCUUGUAAAAAAUUUGUAUUUGAUAAAAGUGUGUUUAAACGCACCAUAACAUCUGAUUGGAAUUUGGUGUGUACAAAACACUGGCUUACUCAUAUGUGCCAAUGCGUCAUGAUGUGGGGUAUUGUGUUGGGAGGUAUAAUAUUCGGGAUUUGGGCCGAUAAAUAUGGUCGACAAUUGCCUCUUAUGAUCGGAAUACUAAUACAGGGUGUCAGUAGUGUUAUUGCCAGUAUACUGCCAUGGUACUCAAUAUUUCUGAUAAACUGGUUUAUUUUAGCGCUAGCGUCUGGUGGUGUUGGAAUUAUAUCUUUUGUAAUAAGUAUGGAGGUAGUAAGUGGCAAGUGGCGAACUGUAAUACCAGUUAUUUAUCAAUUGCCUUUUGGUUUUGGAAAUGCCAUAAUGGCAGGUCUAGCUUACUGGCUGAGAGAUUGGAGGAAACUUGAAUUCGCAUUAGGGGCACUUUCCUCAUUAUUCAUAUUGUACUGGUUUUGGGUCCCAGAAUCUCCAAGGUGGUUGUUGGCAACGGGUCAAACAGAAAAAGCUGCUGAAAUUUUAAAGAAUAUCACUAGAGAGAAUAAAAUGCAAGUCAGUUCAAAAUAUAUAAAAAGACUUAUAACUGACCGUCAGCCACAACAGCAACAAGAUCCGGGAUUUUUAGCUUUUUUGACAUCCAAGAGGAUGAGACUCAAGACUGUCUUACUUUCAAUGAAUUGGUUUUGUACGGGUUUAGCUUUCUACACGUUUUCACAAUAUUUGGGUUCCAUCGGAGGAAAUAUUUUUGUCGCAGUUUCAGUUACUGGAAUCAUUUCAACAAUUGGAGGACUAACAUGCAUUUUUAUAAUAACUAGAGUCGGAAGAAAGAUGACUGUUGGAAUAUACCAGACAGUUACAGCCGCAUGCUUCGUUUUUAUAUUGUUGAUGCCAAGGGGACGCUUUGCAAACGACUGGCCGAGGCUAUUGUUCGCGGGAAUAGGUUUUGCAGGAAUGGCGGGUACUAUACCAGCGUUAUACUUGUUUUCUGGAGAGUUGUUCCCAACACUGGGAAGGAACGUUGGAGUCAGUGGAGUGACGACAUUUGCUCGCAUCGCGUCUAUGGUUGCUCCUGCAGUGGUUACCUUGGAAAGUCUAUUUGUAGAUCUUCCCCUCAUCAUAUUAACUGUCAUUUCUUUCGCACAAAUUUUAAUGGUACUACCCUUACCUGAAACAAAAGAUGCUCCUUUGCCAGACACUUUAGAGCAAGCAGAACAAUUUUGAUGAGGAUAGCAAUCAAAAUUUUAUUCCUAGUUAGACUAACACAGUGAUGUAUGACUUAGAACUUAAUAUUUUUUAUAAGUAGGCGAAUGCUACCAUAAUAAAUGGAUGAUACGACUAAUGGUAAGUAAUGGACUAUGAUGAUAGGUACUUACUCAUUAGCAAUUUUGUAUUUUGUAAUAAAUAAAAUUAAAAAUAAAAACCUAAUAAUA